AUGAAGAUCAAGACCAUCAGUCGUUCAGCAGACAACUAUGUUCCUGUGAGAUCCACGCAGGAGUCACAGAUGCCACGUAACUUGAACCCAGAGCUCCAUCCUUUUGAGAGGGCUCGUGAAUAUACAAAGGCACUCAACGCUACAAAAAUGGAGCGUAUGUUUGCAAAGCCUUUCCUGGGACAGUUAGGUAAUGGGCACAGAGAUGGUGUGUAUACGAUCGCUAAGAAUUUCAAAGUGUUGAACAAGAUUGCGACCGGAUCUGCAGACGGUGUGAUCAAGUAUUGGGAUUUGGGUUUACAACAGGAAAUUGCUGGGUUUAAAGCCCAUUACGGCCAAGUCACCGGAACCGCUGUCACGCCAAAGGGUUUGCUAUUGAGUUGUGGUGAUGAUAAGACCAUAAAGCUGUGGAGUGUGAAUUCAGAAGAGUACCAAGGUGCCGGUGAAGAGGAAGUUACCAAGCAAGGUCUACUCAAGACCUUUUACGGAGAACAUAGCUUCAAAGGGUUGGAUCAUCACAGGGAUGAUUCCACAUUUGUCACUGGAGGUGCUGUGAUUGAACUCUGGGACUCCCAGAGAUCAAGGCCUGUCUCCAACCUAUCGUGGGGUUGUGAUAAUGUCAACUCCGUGGUGUUCAACAAGACCGAGACCAGUAUAUUGGCAUCUUCUGGAAGUGACAACAGUGUUGUUUUGUACGACAUUAGAACCAACUCUCCAACUCAAAAGCUCAUUCAAACACUACGCACCAAUUCGAUUGUAUGGAAUCCUAUUGAAGCCUUCAACUUUGUCACUGCAAAUGAAGACCACAACUUGUACUACUACGAUAUGAGAUACAUGAAAAGAGCAAUGAACGUCUACAAGGGUCACGUUGCAGCUGUGUUGGACGUUGACUUCUCACCAACAGGACAGGAGAUUGUUAGUGGAUCUUACGAUAAGACGAUAAGAAUAUUCAAGACGAGAGAGGGUCAUUCUAGAGACAUCUACCACACAAAGAGAAUGCAGCACGUGUUCCAAGUGAAAUUCUCCAUGGAUUCCAAGUACAUCUUGAGUGGUUCAGACGAUGGUAACAUUCGUAUGUGGCGUGCCAAUGCUUCUGAACGUGCCAAUGUGAAGUCGUCCAAGGAAAGAGCCAAGUUGGAGUACGACGAGGCACUGAAGGAGAGAUUCAAAUACAUGCCAGAGAUCAAGAGAAUAUCGAGACACAGACAUCUACCAGUCGUUGUCAAAAAGGCUACAGAGAUCAAGAGUGUUGAGUUACAGAGCUUAAAGAGAAGAGAAGAGAACGAGAGAAGACAUAGCAAGCCUGGUAGCAAACCGUACAAGAGUGAAAGGGAAAAGCAAAUCUCGGGCCUUGUGUUUAACGAGGAUGAAACAGGGGCACACAAGACCAACUCCAGAAAGCGUAAGGGCAAAUAA